AUGGGUCAGGUGGGGUGAGGAGUCGCCGUGGCUUGGCUCCACUAGAAGGCACCGGAUUGGUCGCGCCGGGCCGAGGGCGGGGUUAGGCUGUGUGGCCGCGCAUCUCGCGAGAGCUCGCGGGCGAGGUGCGACGUCAGCAGCAUCAACAUGGAGGGUCAGUACAACCUGAGGAACCCGGCUGUCAAGCGUUUAAUGAAAGAAGCACAAGAACUAAAAGACCCCACAGAGCAGUACCAUGCUCAGCCUUUGGAGGAUAAUCUAUUUGAAUGGCAUUUCACUGUCAGAGGUCCUCCAGAUUCUGACUUUGAUGGUGGUGUAUACCAUGGCCGAAUUGUCCUUCCACCUGAAUAUCCCAUGAAACCACCCAGCAUUAUUCUUCUAACACAUAAUGGAAGGUUUGAAGUAGGAAAGAAGAUUUGUCUGAGCAUUUCUGGACAUCAUCCGGAAACUUGGCAACCAUCCUGGAGUAUACGGACUGCAUUAUUGGCUAUCAUUGGUUUCAUGCCAACAAAAGGAGAAGGAGCUAUUGGUUCUCUGGAUUACACACCUGAUGAGAGAAAAACACUAGCCAAAAAGUCCCAGGACUUCAGCUGUGAAAUUUGUGGCUCUCGUAUGAGGUCAGCCCUGCUUGCAUCCACAGAGAGUAGCAUUCCAAGUCCAGCUGAUGUCGAGGCCAAGGAAUUAGCAAAACAAAUUAAUUUCAAGGCUGAGACAAAUAUCUCCUCCAAUACAGAAUCUGCUCCUGCUCCUGCACCAAUAAUAAAUGAAACCCAAGAUAGUCAAGUUUCCCUGCAACAUCCAUCCACUGGCACCAGUCUGCAAACAGAAGAUACACCAGAGCUUACUGGAGAUGACGCUCAUGCUGAGAAUCAGGAAAGUACACAAAGUGUGCCUAAUACAACGUCUCUGAGCCCUCGACAGCGGCGUACUCAGCAGCAGCAGCAGGCAAGACGAACAACUUCAUCAUACUCUCAAGUUCGUCAGCCACCUAAUACUAACCAAAUAGGAUCCACUAUCCUAAUUGUUCUUCUGACAUUAGCAUUAGCUGCUCUUAUUUUCCGAAGGAUUUACAUGGCUAAUGAAUACCGACUUGACUAUGAAUUGUAAUGAUCAGUUGUUUUCAUAUCACUAUAGACUGGGUAAAUUGCUGAUCUUGUAUAUUCUAGCAUGCUCGGUCACCAUAUUAAACAAAAUAUGUGGGGCAUUGUAUGACUUAUGCAAAGAGGAUAUAAAAAGUUAUAGUAUGCAAAAGUUAUGCAUAAUUAUCCUUGGCGAUAAUAAAAAGGCGUUUUCCAAAAUUUUACACUGCAGGGAAGCUCAUUAAAACUAAUUUUGGGUCAUAUCUUGUUCAAAUUAUUUUAAUGUUAAUAGAAUUAAGUUUCUUUCAUGAAGGCUCUGCUUUUCAAUAUGUUUUGUUCUGAAUGUUUUACUGAACUUUUUUAGCUGAGAAGUUCUUUGGAUGUUGACCUGGUACAAAUCAAAUUUCUCUCUUUGAAGUGAAUCCUGUUUCAACCCUGUCAAUUAGAGUGCAAAUUUCCAGCUCUUAAGUUAAUUUAAGCACCUUAUCAAGAGUUUAAGUACUUAGCAAAUUUAAAAUUCUUUUUGAAUUCUUUACACUGCUCAGUGAUGUAGUUAUUAGCACAGCUUAACAAAGAAACAAACUAAAUGUUAAUACAUCUUAUAACAAGGAUUUAUCAGAAGCAUGAUAUUAAACCUAAAAACUAAAUCUAAAAUUAGUGGGCAUCAUAUGUAUAAUAUCUUCUCCUUUUGGGAUCUAGUACUUUAACAGAAAUUAUUUUUCAGGAGCAACAGAUCAUUUAGAUUUAAAAAGCUUUCUAAUGAUACAAGAUAGCACAGAAUAGGUAGUUGAAAGGAAAACUAUUUAGCCCUUACCCAAGAAGCAAUUCUGGCUUGCCUUUUAUUUUUGAGUAGCCUAGUCUAAUGUGGAGAUACGUGAAGGAAUGUUACAGUAAUUAUGAUUAUCUUUGCAGCACAUAAAAAUACUUGUAAUUACCAAUAGACAUAUAUCGGAUUUGGGAAUAGUGUUUGGCAAGUUAUUUGCAGAAACCACUUCCUUCACCCCAAGAUAACCAACAAAAGCAAUAAAAUAUUGCAUAUUCCAGCAAGCAAUUUAAAAGGAUAUCCUUUCUCAAUUAUGGCAGUUUCUUUCCUUGAGGUAUGAAUGCAGUGGUGGUCAGAAUUGGAAAUUGUAUGUAUAUUGAAUUUUCUGUUGAAAGUUAAAACACCAUUUUCUUGAAUGUGAUGCUAUACAGGUUUUUAAUUUUUGAUUUGACAUUCUUAGUAAAUAUUGUAAUAAUGAGAGCUUGAUUUUCAAUUGCUGAAAAUCUUUAGAACAAUUAUUUUUGCUCUUGUUAAGUUUUCUAUUUUAAAACAAUGUAAGUGUUUUAACGCUGUAUUUCCAACUAAGGAAUUCAUUUUUGUGGGACCUGAAUACUUCAUGAAACCAUCAUCACAGCACUUUACAGUUGAAGGGAACAACAUGUUUACUCCGAUUUUCUUAUGCAUUAUUGUAACCAGGCUCAAGGUAGAUGUUUGAGGCAAAAGUUUUUUUAAAUAACGUUUUGUGAGUUUGGAAGAAAAAAAUGCCCAUGCAUGUUUGGUAGCUUUGCCUGUCAUCCAUUCCAAAAGUUUCUUUGGAGAGUUUUGUACCAAAGUUCAUUUAGUGUGAUAAGACUUUUGUUGCAAGCACAAUUCUGAAGUUCACUAAAGCAAUGCUGGUACAACAGUUAAUUAUAUUGAAUAAAUAUAAUUCCAGAUUUAUUGUUUGA